GUGUGUUAGGAGUAAAUGGACAGGGGAGGGAGAAGGCAGGCCGUGGGGAAGAGAAAGAGAGGAAUGCCGAAAGCGAAAUUGGAGAAGAGUCGUCCUUGGCGUUACAUAAUUAGAUCGACGGGCGAACGGGAUCGCCAGUCGGAGUGCACGAGCCAUGGCGGAGGUACGUCUGAUGACGGAGGAAGACAUCCCGGCGGCCCUUUCCGUUUGGAGAGAAGUUGGACUGUCGGAAGGCAGCCAGUCCCUCUACACUUUCCGCAGCUUCGACCCCCGAGGAUUCUACGUCGCCCUCCUCGACGACGGUGAAGUGGUGGGCACGUGUGCGGCGGUCGUCAAUAACCCCGAUCUGGCCUGCGUGGGUCUGUACGCGGUCAAACCCGCUCACCAAGGGAAAAAAAUAGGUAGCAAAGUUUGGAAGAGGGCCAUGGAGCACGUAGCCGACAUCAACCUUUUCCUGAACUCGGUGCCCGAACACCUGGAGACUUACAGGGACAAAGCGGGAUUCGUUCACGCAUCCCCGCAUCGAACCGUCGUCUGCGAAACGUCGCGGGUGGAGGUAGAGCAGCUAACCACCCAGGUGGACGGGGUGGAAGUCAGAGCCGUGGAUGACGACUACGAGGAGGCGGUGGUCGACUACGACCAAUGGGUGGCGGGUUACGAUCGACGGGUUCUAGUGCGAACCCUGGUGAGGGAAUCGGACUCCGUGGCCCUGGUGGCCCUGAGGGGCCGAGAGGUGGGCGGUUACGGUUGCCUGAAGGCCGACAUCGGGGGACUAACCAUGGUGGGCCCCCUGUAUGCCGACGGUCCGGAAAUAGCCGAACUUCUGUUACGCCGAAUGGUGGAGAAGUUUCCGGCCGCCGGGGAAAAAGGAUUGAUAAUGAUGGCCAUAGACGCCAAUCCCGCCUCCCUGCGACUGGCCGACAAAUUGCAACUGAAGCGCAAAUUCGUCUUGCCCAGAAUAUAUACUAAACGCGUAGUGGAAGCCCGCGACUACGGUAAAGUGUACGGCCAAUGCAAUAUCAAUUUCUGCAUGGUUUAAAGUGGGAGAGACGAACGGAGCGGGCUCCGCCCUCCGCCGUUUUGUUUCCACGGCGGGCGGUUCUCUUUAAACGCUGACCUCUAAAAAGAAAAGGUGGAGGCGGAUGGGCGCCUACAAACCAUCCAAAAUGGAUACACCGGACUCCGCCCACCCGCGUGACCGGGUUCACAGCACUCCAAUAGAUAGCGCGCACGUAACCGUAACUUUUGUUAAGUAGAACCUAAGGUGUACUUGGAGACGCCAUUACGAAAUGUACCCUACGAAAUCUCCGUGUAUUUAAAAAAGCAAUAAAGUUAAUUGUGAACGAA